UCACAGUGUUCGGCAUGCUCGACUUCCCUCCGCACCACCACAUUUACAGAACCAUAACUUCGACUACGACAGCCUCCCCGACAUCCCAAGCUGCAGGUGGACUUCAGAUCCGAAGCUAAUCCAUGGUCGCAUCGGAGAAAGCGACGCCAGGCAGCGCAAGAACAAGAGGGAGGAAAACGCGAGCUGAAGAAAGCCGAUGGAGAUGACCACAUCAGAUUCACUGGAUCUCUUUGUUCUCCUGUACUCCUCCGCCGUUUUGUCUCCACUCGAAGACAAUCAUGAGUCGUGUGCCGCCGUUUCCAUUUCCUUCUGUCUGUGUCUUUGCCGCCCAUUAAUGCGGUAGCAGUUCUGCUGGAUCGGUAUUAAAGCAGUCACCUCUGCACGCUACUCUUUCUCUCCGUCGUCCCCAAUGGCUGGCCUCGAUCCCCAAGCCCCGGUUUACGUUCCAGCUUCACACGAUAUCACUCCAUUUGGAAGCUACUAUUACUCCUCUUCGCGAACUUGCUAUUUUGUGUUCAACCAAUCUAUGCAGGUCACUCCAUAUUUCGAGCUUUGUCCCUACCCACCACCACCACCUCCUCCUCCUCCUCCUCCGCAUGGACUUGUUUACAGCACUUAUUGUGCUUGCUGGAAAGGGUUUUCCUGGAGUGAGAUCCAUUCGAUCCCUCUCCAGCUGCCUGUAGCUGAUGAUAGGAUUCCUUCGACUCAUCUAAGCAAGGAGGAGGAAGAGGAGAGCCUCGAGCCUGACACCAAGGUGAACGAAGAGGUGCAGUGUGAGGCUGCUGCCGAAGCCCGGAAGGGUAGUUUCAAAAGGUUUGGAUGGGGUGGUUCCUUUGGUUGGAGAAGGAAGGCUUCCGUGCCGAGGGCCAGGAGCCGGAGGAAGGAAUCUGAGCUCAAGGGAGAUGAGAAUGUUGCAGUUGAGGUUGAUGGUGGAAAGACCACAGUCAUGAUCAAGAACUUGCCCAACAAAUUCACCAAGGAGAAGCUGUUAGGUAUACUAGACCAGCACUGCUCUGAAGAGAACCAGAAGAUAAUGGAAGAAGGAAAUGAGAAGUCACUGGAGCUGGGAAAGGGAGAUAUCUCAUCAACCACUUUGUCCGAGUUCGAUUUCUUGUACCUGCCUAUAGAUUUCAAUACGGGCAACAACAUGGGCUAUGCGUUCGUCAACUUCACCAGUGCGGUCGCUGCGUGGAGGCUGUACAGCUCCCUCCAAAACUACGACUGGAAGCCGCACGGAUCUCGCAAGAUCUGUGUGGUCACGUACGCCAGAAUCCAGGGUUUGCCGGCACUGCAGAAACACUUCAAGAACUCAACCUUCGUGUGCCACAGCGAUGACUUCCUCCCUGUGCGCUUCAUACCAGCUCGCAGUGGGUACUGUCGGACGGAGCAGCAGCACAUUGGCAAGCGACUUCCUGUUUCCAAACCCUGAUGAUAAGUACUAACAGAGAAGGCAAGAGGACAAUGACUAGGGUUUUGUGUGUGUUUCCUGGAUAACAAAAGCCAGGGUUUCUGAAUGUCUAUCUAUCCAUCUAUACUAGCAUUUAAGGAUGGAACGGCAGAUAGAUGGAUCGGAAGUAGACAUCUAUGGUUCUGUGAAAUCAUGUAGUUUGCCGUGUAGCCUUGAUGUUUAUGCGUAUGUAUGGUAUGAAUGAAAUGGUUCUUGAGCAUCCA